UGACAACAAACAUGGAUGCCAACUGCACAUUGGUUUGCUGUGAAGAGGAGAGAGAAGACGAUAAAGCUGCUAUUGUUCAGUUCUCUAACGGCACCCUGAGGAACACACAGCAGCUGGACUUCAGCUUCUAUAAGAACGUGGACGAGACCAACCCUAGGAAGAAGAACCGACGCAUGCUGGUGAGAUCACUACGCCUGUGUUAUUAUGGUGACAGUGUUGUUAUUAUGUCUCUCAGCUGUUUACCAAAACAGUGGCAGGGUGACAGUGUGUUGUUAUGUCUCAGGUAUUAUGUCGGGGUGCUGAACAAGGAGACCAUGACGAUGGAGGUGCACAACGCUCAACUGUUCAACAUGCAGCCCGUCAUCCCAGGGGAGGCGUCUACAGAGAAUGAUGCGUCCCAGAACACAGAUCUAACAUACAGGGAAAAGGUGGACUCUCUGAUCGAGGCGUUUGGUAACAAAAAGCAGAAGAGAGCUCUGACCUCCAGGAGACUGAACCAGGUGGGCAGUGAGACCCUGCAGAGUGCUGUAGCAAAGGCUGCCCUCUCCAUCAUAGACCAGAAGGGCCUGGAAGUCCUUCAGCAGGAGGUGGUUCAGUCCCAGUCUGAAGUGUCUCAUUACCUUCCUCCCUGCUACCCCGACGCCGACACACCUCAACACGUCUACCUGUUUGACGACAUCCUGUCUCCGGUGGAGUACGAUGUCCUGGAUGCUGCUGGCUCCAAGAUGGCCGCCCUGACCCCAGAGGAACUACAGAACUUAAAAGAUGAAGGGUGUCAGAGCGUGGUGAGUCAGUUGGAGAGCCUGCCCAGAGAGGGCGUGGCCAGAGAGAGACAUGCUCGCUGUGCCUUCUACCUCCUCCUGCUGCUCAAACUGGCACGGCAGAAAAACAUGACUCUCGGGCAGGAGGAGGGCUGUCCUCGUAUCAUCCACAUCAAGCUGAAGAGGACCUUCACCGUGGAGACCUUCAAUCACGGCAGGGUGCGGAACGUGGUGUCUACGUCGAUGCGUGUGAAGGUGGCAGCGUACUGCCUGGCCCUGCUGCUCCACAUGGGAGACAUGACCGCUGACCUCACACUGUUACACAGAGACCUGGGGGUCACAGAGAAACGGAUGGUGGAGGUGGCCAAGUCGAUGGGGCUGACCCUGUCCAGACACGGCUGUGUGACGGGGGACGACGGCGGUCCGAUGGCCGAAAACAGACUGGCGACUCUGCGGCUGCCCCUCGUCAAAUACCAAACGUUCACGGAGAUACGCAAACGCAAAAAAAUGCAUUAGAGGAAGACGAGGAAGACGAGGGGAAACGCUUCCAAAACACACCGACUGCGUCCCAUUUGACGCAGCGUCGUCUGGUUAUGUCUGCAACCGAAGUUCACCUUUUCUGCCAAGCCGUCUGCAGCAGACAGUCUGAUACAUCCAACGUGACGCUCUACCCAGAAUGCACUGCGGCUGCCUCCUGAAACGCAACGUUGUUUACUGGAGAUGAAUGUACCAACAUGUAAUGACUCUGUCGGUGUGAUUGAAGUGGAAGGAGGAGGGGAGGAAGACGGGGGUAAGGAGGAAGAGGAGAGGGAGGAGAUGAAUGUACUUCUGGGUGUACCAACAUGUAAUGACUCUGUCGGUGUGAUUGAAGUGUAAGGAGGAGGGGAGGAAGACGGGGGUAAGGAGGAAGAGGAGAGGGUAAAUAUUCCUAGAGGAGAGGAAGAUGGGGAUAAGGAGGAAGAGGAGAGGGAGGAGAGGAAGAUGGGGAUAAGGAGGAAGAGUGAAGGGGAGAGGGUAAAUAUUCCUAGAGAGAGGUGAGGAAGACUGGGGUAAGGAGGGGGAGGAGAGGAAGAUGGGGAUAAGGAGGAAGAGUGAAGGGGAGAGGGUAAAUAUUCCUAGAGAGGGGAGGUGAGGAAGAUGGGGGUAAGGAGGAAGAGGAGGAUAAAUAUUCCUAGAGAGGGGAGGUGAGGAAGAUGGGGAUAAGGAGGAAGAGUGAAGGGUAAAUAUUCUUAGAGGGGAGGUGAGGAAGACGGGGAUAAGGAGGAAGAGUGAAGGGUAAAUAUUCCUAGAGGGGAGGUGAGGAAGACGGGGAUAAGGAGGAAGAGGAGAGGGAGGAGAGGAAGAUGGGGAUAAGGAGGAAGAGUGAAGGGGAGAUGGUAAAUAUUCCUAGAGAGGGGAGGUGAGGAAGAUG